CUCAACCAAACCAACCUAUUGUAUCCCAAGUAUGAAAUCCCGUAAGAACGUAUAGAAUGAGAAUCUCUUCUUGCUGAUUCUGUUUCAUAAUUCACUCGGUUGCGAGCGAAGGAGUAUAUCAGAAAGAAGAGACUGAAAACGAAACAAGUCAACAAAAAGUAACACAGACCCUAAGCGAGGUGACUGCGUCUUACUCUUACCGGGAUCCUUUUGACCUUUUGGGUUCAGUUCAAGUUCAAUGGGUCCUAAACAAUGUCAAAUCUGCCACAAAGCUCAAUCCAAGUACAAAUGCCCUAAAUGUUACUUACUUUAUUGCUCUCUGGCCUGUUUCAAGAAACACAAAGAACUUCCAUGUGUCAAUCCAACACCUUCAGAAACUAAAACAGCUGAUUUGGAAUCACAUGUAGAAAAGCCAUCAGUUGUUGAUAAUGCUGUUGUGGAAGCACCUGUAGAAAAGCCAUUAGUUGUUGUUGAUAAAACAGGCGAAGUGUUGCAACAAUUCCAACUGGAAGCUAUAGCCUCUUCCAGUGAGAUUCGUGAUGCUUUGAAUGAUAAGGCCCUUCAAGAACUAAUUUGCCAAAUCGAUUGUUCUUCAAAUGCAGAGAAUGAACUUGAUAAAGCUAUGGCAGACGAGGCAUUUCGCUUGUUCACAAACAAGAUUUUAUCAACUAUCAACCCCUAAAUGCAAGCACUUAUUGCUGAAAGAAGAAUUUUUGGAAGAAAGUCAGAUACGAAAGAAAUAGCAGAUAAGCCUUGAUUUUCUGGUUUCGGUUACUAAGUAUGUCUUUUUUCAUUUGUACAGGUCUACCCUGUUAUUCAGCAUUUGUAUCGUUCAUUGUGCUCAUGUAUUGUUAGAAAAUUAAUUUCGAUACACUUGGAUUUUUUGCGAGUAUAAUAUAAUCCCCAAAUCUGUAAGUGUUGCCUUUUGCAUCCUUGAUUAUAAUAUACUGAAGUUGUCAUUUUAACUGGA